ACCAAUUCUCAAAUCACUGCCUCUCUCUGGCGUGCAAUUGUGUCCUACCCAGUCAAAUAUUCCCCCAACCCUAAGGAUCUCGAGCUUCACUGCUACAACCACACAUUUCAACCUUAAAUCGCAAACCGCCACACUGAAGAUUUCCCUUGCGUCGAUAGUGCAAACUACCUUUCAGAAUAUGGAGUCUUCAGCGUCUCCUGCGGCUCCUCACGAACCGCCUCACGUCUAUACAAAUAACAACGGUUACGAUGCUUCUGUAGAACAAGAGAUACCACGUGCUCUCGCCACCACAGCUGGCGCCCAUUCAAUACCCAUGGCCGAAGACGACGAUGAUGACUUCAACGACAUUUUCGACGAUGACGAUGAUGAUGCCGACUUGCUUGGCCCAGACGGCGAACCUGACCUAGCGCGAAACUACAACAGGCAGAAGCCUCUUCAUUCAAACCAGCAGCGACCCUCUGCCAACACAUUCAACAGUGUCGACGAUCAAAUAGCCACCCUUUCGAAGCAUGCCGCCAAGAUUCGUCUCGACGAUGUCAAGGAGGGCCAGACAAGGGACAAGGACAAGGCUGACCGCGCCACGAGCGAGCAGGUCUUGGAUCAGCGCACGCGCAUGAUCCUCUACCAAAUGAUCAACCGUGGUGUGGUCAGCGAGGUCCACGGUGCCAUUAGCACAGGAAAGGAAGCCAACGUCUACGGCGCUGUUGCCAUUCAGGAUGACUUCUCAAAGAUCCAGCGCGCUGUCAAGGUCUACAAAACCGCCAUCCUGAGCUUCAAGGAUCGUGAGAGGUACAUUACCGGUGAACAUCGUUUCAAAGCCGGUGCCGACAAGGGCAACAACCGAAAGAUGGUAAAGCUGUGGGCCGAGAAGGAGUUUCGAAACCUGCGCCGAAUCCACGCUGCAGGAAUCGCCUGUCCAGAGCCCAUUCAGCUGAAGCUUCAUGUUCUUGUCAUGGGCUUCUUAGGUGACCGGAGGGGAUGGGCUUACCCCCGGCUCCGCGACGCCGCCAUCCCCGCCGAUGAAGCUGAACAGGUAUGGAGCAACUUAUACAUCCAACUCCUCGGUAUCAUGCGACGCCUGUACCAGGUCUGUAAGCUGGUUCACGCCGAUCUGAGUGAAUACAACAUCUUAUAUCACGACAAGCAACUCUAUAUUAUAGACGUGUCGCAGAGUGUUGAACACGACCACCCGCGGUCUCUCGAGUUCUUGCGCAUGGAUAUCAAAAAUACUGGCGACUUUUUCCGGAGGCAAGGAGUCGAUACACUGGCUGACCGAGUAAUCUUUGACUUCAUCAUUGCACCCGAGGGUCCUACUGAAGAGCCUGCUUUGAAGAGGGCCAUUGAGCAGUUGUAUAGGUCGCGAGCAGAAUCGGCAACUGAUGACAACGCAGUCGCUCAGCAGGAAGUCGACAACGAGGUGUUCAGACAGCAAUACAUUCCCCAAACCCUUGAACAGGUCUAUGAUAUUGAGAAGGAUGCGGAGCGGAUCGGGCACGGUGAAGGCGACAAGUUAGUGUAUCGGAACCUUUUAGCUGAUCAGGUAGUCCUUCCCAGGGCGGAGGGACAGCCUUCAGAAGAGGACCAAUCAGAUGAAGGCGCAACUUUAGAGAGCGACAGUGAAAGUGACGAGGGAUCCGAUGAUGAGAGCAAAUUCGAAAAGGGCCCACCUAGGGGGAAGAGAUUCGAGGAUAAGGAAGAAAAGAAGCUACGCAAACAAGCCACAAAGGAGGCCAAGAGCGAGAAGCGGAAAGAAAAGAUGCCAAAACACUUGAAGAAGCGUCUAGUAGCUACUACUUCUAGAAAGAAGAAAUAGACAAUAGGAGAAUCCAAGUAUCUGACCGCACCAAAUACCAACAACCUGUGUUUGGCUACUUCGUUCGACCUUUAACCAACCGAAGCUAAUACACGGCGGCAAAUGUCUCACCAUGUAAAGCUUAGAGAUACGUUAUCUAAGUCGGGAUGUUUUGGGAGGUGCUCGUGAUAAGACAAUCGGAUGACGAAAGCCUACGCGAUGACCAUCAUGCCUUCCUUCCGUGUUUUCACCACACAGUGGUGAUAACCGUAGUGAAGGUCUGGUGAGUCGCGCUCCGAGGCUGCCCUUAACGGGGGUAGCAUGAGGAUCAAAGAGAGCCCCGACGAUUGCACACACAGUCUACAUUGGUGAUGGCGAAAAUCCGCCCAUAUACGCCUACUUAUCUAGGAUGGAUGUAUUGGCUUAGUGUAAUUAGAGCUGAGGCGGAUAUUCGAAUAAAAGUUAGCUCUUGGGAGUAGCCUGCGCGAUCUUACCUAGUAGUUAUCUACAUGUACGCGUACGAAGUACGGUCUGCGCGCGGGCAUUUAGUUUUAUGUACAAUGCCAUUGCUUACUUACCCAACCCAUCCACCACCC